GAAAAGGCAACGGAGCAGCAGCAGCAGCCGCAGCAAUCCAGAAGAAGAAAGGGCACGUCGCACAUUCUCGACUGCGGAGAAAAGCGUGCGUGUUUGUGGCUGUGCGUAUGUGUGUGGGUGUGUGCGGUCUGUCCCCCUUUCGUCAGUUGUAAGGCGCUGUGUGUGACCUAGUGUAGCGAACGGAACAGAACGGAACGGAACGGUGUACCUUUCCGACGGGCCGACCAAACUGCCGACGAAACAAGUGUGUGUACGCGUGUGUGUGUGUGGUUGUGGCCAGACACGGAAAUAUAUGGCUGGACUGUUGGUGGCGGCCGCGGCAAGGUGCACGGUGCACAACAGUCCACGACGGUCCGGACAAGCAACCAGCAGCGGCAGCUUCCCGACCUUCGCACCGUGCUGGUGAUACCGAGCUUACCUCAUCCGCAAGUCCGGUGGGCAGGUGGGUGGGUAGGUGGGCAGGAAGAAGCAGUCACACACACGCGUCAGGUGCCUGCCCGCGCGCGCCAUCCACAUAACGUCAUCCGUCCAAUUGCGGUGCAACCGACGAACGACUCCAGCGUUGCUUCCUUGGAAGGGAAGAGGUAGGCGCAAAACGGGGACACAACACACACACACACACACCUUUGCUUGCAGCAUCCGAAAAUGUGGGUCGACACACACACAUCCCCCCCCCCCCGGGGGCGAUGGAACAAUUGGGUUCCUUUGCCUAGAACAAUGGCGCAAUUAGCAAUGCAACGUCAACGCCAAUCAACCUGUGCCCAGUGUGACGGGGGAGGGGAAGGAGGGCGGGGGGGGGGGGGGGGGGGGGGGUCAAAAGUGGGCGGCCGGACCUGCACAAUCUAUCAAUAAUUUGCAAGCACGGAAGGGCGGGGAGGGGAGAGGUGUGCGAGCCUCUCCAGUUGCACCGUUUUCGCGUGCCCCACUUAGCGCUCCAUCCCCCCUUUAUUUCAGUGCCACUGGAAAGCGUGCGUGUGUGUGUGUGUGUCGAGGGGGGGGAAGGGAGGUGAAGAGUGUGAACUAAACAAAAAAAAAAAGUACACCGCCCCACAGUGGGCAGUGGGAGAAGUUUUCUCAUUAAACAAGUGCAAAAUAAUUCUAUUUCGUCGGCGGCGGCGGCCACCGCACUGUCCCAUCAAGCAACCUGUCAGCUUCAAUCUUAUCAAUCGUAACUUUCCGGGAAAACAACGGCUGACCGAGUGUGUGCGUGAGAAAGAGAGAAAGCGUAAAAAAAAAAACGUUCACAUAAACGUACAAUAGAGCAACGUGAAUUCUCCCCUCCCGCCUAACCCUCCUCCCCAAACCCUUCACACGGUGCGAUGGCAGGGGACGACAUUACCUUCAUCUUCCAGUUCGGGAACCUGCGCGACAUCACCACGGUCGAGUCGAGCGCCCUCACACUCAAAACGCUCAAGGAGCUGGCCUGCGAGUUCAUCAACAGUAAGAUCCCGGAGAAUGGGUUAAACCGGCUGCCGGAGCGGUUGCUGCUGUUCCGGCACGACUACGAAUCGCACAACGUGCUGCAGAUGGUAACGUCCGCCUCGGACAUCGUGGACGAAACGCUGGUCGAGAUCGUGCUCACUGCCAACCAAACGCUGCUACCGCCGGCCAACAGUGGACCGGCGCUGCACCGGAACAAUGUGCCGGUCGGCGGCCAGGAGGACAUACCGCUGGUGCGGCCCCACGCGCUCAACGUCCACUCCUACAAGGCGCCCACCUUCUGCGACUUUUGCGGCGAGAUGCUGUUCGGGCUGGUGCGCCAGGGGCUCAAGUGCGACGGCUGCGGGCUCAACUACCACAAGCGCUGCGCGAUCAAGGUGCCAAACAACUGCAGCCGGGUGGAGCACACGGGUAUGCUGCAGGCGCAAUCGGCCAACCAGCAGCAGCAGCAGCAGCAAAGCAACGGCAGCGGCAGCCGCCGGUCCGGUUCGGCCGGCGGCGGGCUGCUGUCCUCGAUGCUGCCCGCCCGCAGCCCGUCCGGCGGCUCCAGCAACUCUCUCGCGUCGGACGAAACGGCCGGCGCUGGAAAUAUGCUGUCCACCACCAUACGGCAGAGCCGGUCACCGUCGCUGACGAGCCGCGGCGCGGUCGGGGGCCACCCGAUCAAGAUCCCGCACAGCUUCUCGAUCCACACGUACACCCGGCCGACCGUCUGCCAGUACUGCAAGAAGCUGCUGCGCGGCCUGUUCAAGCAGGGCGUCCAGUGCCGGGACUGCCACUACAACGCGCACAAAAAGUGCAUCGAGAAGGUGCCGAAGGACUGCACCGGGGAAAACACGCAGCCGGUGGACGCGCACGACGACCGCAGCCAGUCGAGCGAUCGGGAGCUGCUGUACAAGGACGACCCGGAGGACGAGAGUGACUUCGACGACGGGCAUCCGUUCGGGGCGGGCAGCUCCGGGCGGCGGUCGGGCGGCAGCACCGGGACGGCGGCCAGCGGCGGCGGCGGCACCUCAGUGACGGCGGCCAGGGAGGGCGCCGGUGGCAAGGAAUCGCCCCUCGGGCCCGGCGACGGGGGCUCGCCGGGCAAGCUGAACGGGGGCGGCGCCGGCCCGCCUGCCCCGGCCUACCAUCUGCUGGACGAUUCGGACGACAACCGGCUGGAGGUGAUCUGCGAGCAGUCGCGCCAAUCGUCGAGCAAUUCGUCCUCGUCGCCGAGCGCCAACAUUCCGCUGAUGCGCAUCGUGCAGUCGGUGAAGCACACGAAGCGCCGGGACGGGCGGGCAAUGAAGGAGGGCUGGCUGGUGCACUUCACCAGCAAGGAGAAGACGAUCAAGCGCCACUACUGGCGGCUCGACUCGAAGGCCAUCACGCUGUUCGUGUCGGACCAGGGCAGCAAGUACUACAAGGAAAUACCGCUGAACGAGAUCGUGGCGGUGGAGGCGGCCCGCACGCUGCAGGGCGAGGUGCUGCACUGCUUCGAGAUUCGGACGGCGGCCGUCGACUACUACGUCGGGCAGGACCCGCUGUACAAUAUGAAGCAUCACGCGGAUCCGGUGCUGGCGCUGCCGCCGCCCGACAGCGGCGUUGGGGCGUACCUCGCGAAAAGCUGGGAAACGGCCAUCCGGCAGGCACUGAUGCCGGUCCAGACCGGCACGGGUCGGACGGGGGAGGGCCAGGGAGCGGCGGGCGCUAGCGAACAGCCGGAGGAGCGCGUCACGGACAUGAGCCAGCUGUACCAGAUCUUCCCGGACGAGGUGCUCGGGUCGGGCCAGUUCGGCAUCGUGUACGGCGGGGUGCACCGGAAGACGCACCGGGCGGUGGCGAUCAAGGUGAUUGACAAGCUGCGCUUUCCCACCAAGCAGGAGGCGCAGCUGAAGAACGAGGUGGCGAUACUGCAGAACCUGUCGCAUGCGGGCGUCGUCAAUCUGGAGCGAAUGUUCGAAACGCCCGAGCGCAUCUUCGUCGUGAUGGAGAAGCUGAAGGGCGACAUGCUGGAGAUGAUCCUGUCGCACCAGAACGGACGGCUGAACGAGCGCGUCACCAAGUUCCUGAUCACGCAGAUCCUCGUCGCCCUCAAGUACCUGCACAGCCGCAACAUUGUACACUGCGAUCUGAAGCCGGAGAACGUGCUGCUCUCGUCGGACAACGAGUUUCCGCAGGUGAAGCUGUGCGAUUUCGGUUUCGCGCGCAUCAUCGGCGAGAAGUCGUUCCGGCGGUCGGUUGUCGGUACGCCCGCUUACCUAGCGCCGGAAGUGCUGCGCAAUAAGGGCUACAAUCGGUCGCUCGACAUGUGGAGCGUCGGCGUCAUCAUCUACGUCAGCCUGAGCGGAACCUUCCCGUUCAACGAGGACGAGGACAUCAACGACCAGAUCCAGAAUGCCGCCUUCAUGUACCCGCCGAACCCGUGGAAGGAAAUUUCUUCCGAUGCAAUCGAUCUGAUCAACAACCUGCUGCAGGUGAAGCAGCGCAAACGGUUCACGGUGGACAAGAGCCUGCUGCACUGCUGGCUGCAGGAUCUGCAGACGUGGAACGAUCUGCGCGCGCUCGAGUCGCAGGUCGGUCUGCGCUACCUGACGCACGAGUCGGACGACGCGCGGUGGGCGGUGACGGCGGGCAGCGGUGGUCCAUGACCCGCCGCCCCGGACGGACGCCGGCUGCCCUCGCUGCCCUUCAUCCAGGAGUCGUCGACGCCGCCGGUGGACGAGCAACAGCAGCAGCAGCAGCAGCACCAGCAGCCGCCGCCGGCUGUCUCCUCGACAGCCGUCCCGAUUGCCCGGCACGCGUCCGACUACUGUGUGGGCGGCGGAGGUGGUCCGGCCACCAAAGCGUACGGCCACCAGCCCCACCAGCCCUCCCUGCUGUUUACGGACUUCCGCGGCAAGGCGUAUCGGUGGAUGCGCGGCCGGUUCUGCCGGUUUGUGAAGGCCUAACCUGAUAUUUGCUGACUCUUUCUUUUUUAUCUGACAAACCCAUCUCGAACGCUUAAUCUCUCGACCCUGUCGGUAGGGUUUACGUCGUUGUUGUUGUUUUGUUUUUUUUUAUAUAUUAGAGUAUGCUAUAUACUUAGACGCACGCACACACUUACAGCAAAAACACGCACACACAAACACUCACACAUUCUCUCGAUAUUGUAGCAGUAGGUUAAUAGUAACGGACGCGAACUGUGAAACUGAGGCAUUCGGGGCGGUUUCUGCUUAACACUUAAAAUCUUUACCCCUUCUUCUCCCUCGAAAAAAUGGGGGUUUGGGGGUAUUGUUCUUAGUUGCGGAGCGGAGCGGAGUGGACGGAAAUGCGUGUCGGCAAACGAGCGGGCAAACUAGCAGCGUCUUAACGUUCCGUUUCGUUCGUUUCGUUCGGCUCUUAAUGUACAGUUGACGAUUGCGCUCGCUUGGGAGGCCGUCCAGGGAGGCAAACCGAGCUAAUGCUUCCAUCGUACGCACUUGCAUGUGCCGUACACGUCUGAAGGUUACGCCUCCAAAUCCGGGCAGGCUCGAAGAUAAUGUUUAGCUGUUAGUGUUAGGGUUUUUUUUGUGCUCGAUGGCGUCAAACAGUGUCGGCAGGGGCCGUCAACUUGGCGGAAGAAAGAAAAAAAAGAAAGGGACACUCCCGUUUGGUUUUGUACGAUCUGUACCGUACUCACAUUGCCACGUGAUGUGGCAAAUGUCGGUUGCUUUAGUUGUGCAGUACAUUCCUUGCUUUUGUUACGUUUUGUUUGUGUCCCCAAAAGAGCUUGGUUGCUUGGCCCCGUGCGCCCGUGCCCAAUAUCAUUCCCAUUUUUUUGUUUCUUUUUGUAGCAAACCAACUAGCGGAAAAUAAAACGGACUAUGAAUAUCUUAUUCUCUGCCUCCAUCCCUUCCUUCCACCAUCCUUUGCUCGCCUAUGUGAUCGCAUUACGAUGAACAAACUUUUCAAGUGCCUAUACAGACGCGGUUGACGCAGGAAGGGGUUAGAAACCUGCUGGGGAUCUCUGUUUGCUUGCGCUUUGAGGCGCAUUUAUCUGUGAAGAAGAGCCAAAACCACGCAUCGACAGCCGUGCGGACACGCUGCUUACUUACACUUACACGCACCUACACACAUACACACACACACAUGCGGGAUAGUCCGAUCCAAGUGCAUCUGUAGGUGGAGUUUUAUUUUUUGUUUGUCUUGCUGUUUGUUUGGACGUCUUUUUUAUAAUGACAAACGUUUGUACAAUUAGUAAAUGCUGCACAGGAUUGCACAAAUCAAGUCAAGGGCCAACAGAAGAAAAUAUAAAAGAGAAGAAAGAGAGAUGGAAAGACGAGAGAGAGAGAGAGAGAGAAAGAGAAAGAGAGAAAUGAACUGGAAAAUCGAACAACGUACGUUACUAUCUACAUCCUGUUCAUAAGAUACCUUACCUCAUUAAGCAAACAAACAAACAAAAACAUACACACUCACAGACACUCAGAAAAAAAACCCCAAAAUGGUCGUCUUUUCUAUCGCUUUUUAAUGUACUUUAAGCUCUCGUAAAGAAAAAGACUAAGUAACUUAUAAAUAGUAACUACAAACUACAGAAAUACAAAACUUACGGUGAGACGCGGGUCUAAAGAAACGAAAGCAGAAAUCAAGAGGAGGAAGAAUCACAAGUAAAACAUAAGCAAGAAGAAGAAGAAGAAGAAGAAGAAGAAGAAGAAGAAGAAGAAGAAGAAGAAGAAGAAGAAGAAGACGAAGAAGAAGAAUCUCUUUUAAUUAAAACUGCUACGAAACCAAUAAAAUAGUGGAAAGUAGAGCAAAACACACAAACAACAAACAAAUACUCGUAUACACACACACACACACAAACACAAAACAAACAAAACAACUAAUGUUUCAAACAUAAUAUUGCUCAUUACUUGCACACACACAUACACACCUCUAACUAAGCGCACAAAUGGGGGAGGGGUUGGGCAGAAAAACACAUUGCAACAACAACAACAAAAAAACAACAAACAAAAAAAACGAAAACAAUCAACAACAACAAACAACAAAGAAAACGUAACGAACGCAACCCGGAAUUGGAUGCAUAUAGAUAUAUAUACGUUUAUACACACAUAUAUAUAUAAUACGAUACUAUACUAUACUAUAUAGACAUGGUGGCCUUUUUCAUUGUUUUCUCACCGGCAGCCCUUCUUCGCGCUUUUACUACCAACCAACCUCCCUUCCUCUCCCCUCCCCCACAAAUCUUCUUGUAUAUUUGCCCCAGCCCAAGGCUUUUACUAUUUUUGUUUUGUUUUGGUUUGCCAUUCUUGUCCUUUGGGACAGUUUAGCGUGAUGGUUGGCGAGCCUAGGUGAGCUAGGAGCACGGGGAAAAAUGAGCCACAACGUCAACGGCUGAAAAGGGAAUACACACACGCACGCGCGCACGCACACGCUGACGAUCACACCCAAACCCAAAGAAACGGCUUCACGGGAAAACGGCGCGCCUUUGCCGCGCGCAUUUUAUUUGCUCCAACGAGUAAUAAAAUGUGUGUUUUGUAUGUAUUUGUGUGUGAGUGUGUGUGUGUGUGUGUGUGAGUGUAGGUGUUUUGUUUUUGUUUUUUGUUGUUGUUUUACUACAUAUAACAAAUAGCUAAACGUAAACGGCGAGCUAAUUGGCAGGGUUUGUGGAAGUUGUGACGUUGGCCUACUAGUACUACUGCUACUACUACUACCACUACUACUGCACAUUGGACACCGAACCGGGUUGACGGCCCCUGGGCGUCCGCGUUCGAGUGCUGUUAGUAGUGCUGCAAGGGGAUAGACACGACCUUCGCUGGAUUUCCCUGUCAAAGCAAAUGUUUCUUUCUAACUCUCGCUCAUUCUCUCUCUCUCUCUCUCUCUCUCUCUCUCUCUCUCUCUCUCUCUCUCUCCCACACUAUCUCUUCUCAUUUUCUGUCUCACUCGCCCUUACGAUUGCUCGCUUCUCUCGCACUCCAAAUGCUGGCUGGUCCUAUGGGGGACGGAUUUUUCGGAGAGGAAUGGGAGAAGUUCUACCACUUCGCCCAUUCCGCCCUCCUCACUGUCUCUGCACUCACUCGCGGUCACUCACUGCUUCAGUGCGAACCGGGACCGGCCAAGACGCCCGAUCAGCGACUUGGCACCGUUGCUGCUGUUGCCGCCCGCACCACCGUCGCUACCACCCUCGUGCGCCUCGUUGUUGGCCGCGUCCGCCGACGAGUGGUCGUCCUUCCGUGCCGCACCGCUACCGAACCGCCGUUUGCUCGGAACUGCGGAAGAGACGGAACAGACAGAUAGAGAGAUGGAAGAGAAAUAGGGAGAGAAAGAGAUAGAGAUACAGAGAGAGAUAGAGAGAGAGAGAGAGAGAGAGAGAGAGAGAGAAAGAGAGAUGUAGAAUGCGAGAGAAACAGGCAGAGAGAAGAAGGUAGAAAAAGGGUACCGUGAGAGGGUCCACUUUUAACCCUAACACUACUGCACAAUCCGGAGGGCAUUUGAGUGCCGGUUUAUAAACUGCGCUUCGAGUUUCGAUGGAUGGAGGAUCAGGAUAAGCGGGGAGGAAAGAUGGUCGUGUAAAUAUGGAGUGCGGCUGUGAGUCGCGAUGUCAACUUAAUGAUGUUUGUUUUUUUUUUUUUAAUUUGGUUUUCGGUGGAACAAGAGCGAGUAAGCGAGGGAAGGGAAGGAAUGGUGCUCGGAGCGAAUGUGAAGCGAAUGAGAACGGCCUAAGUGUGUAGUAGUGAAAUCAUAGUGAACAAGUCCUUCUAAGCGUGACACAAAAGCGCUGUCAACUCACACAGCCAACCAAACACGGGUACAUGUACGUGCAGCAAUAGGUGAGGAGAGUUUUAUCUGUGUAUGCGUGUGUGUGUGUGUGUGUGUGUGCGGGAAACGGUGGGAGGAGUGGAUGUAGCUGCUUAGUGUGUAAAACCUGAUCAGUAUUAACCUCACUCAGGGGGGAUGUUCCAGUACUAUUACUACUACUACUAUUACUACUACUACUACUACUAGUAACACUACUUAUUCCUACGCACAGACGUCUCAGAGGACGUGCAUCAGUGUAUGUAUGUGUGUAUGUAUGUAUGUGUAAGCAUUCCAAUCACAGAGCAGCAGCAGCAAAAAAAAGUAGAAGAAGAAGAAGAAGUCCGGUUAUAUCUUUCCAGUGACGGUAAUAACAUUUUAUUAAGGGACUAUGCGUUACAAUGAACAAAUAUUAAUAUUAAAAAAAAACACACACACACACACAAGAGGGCGCGAAUGUGUACGCGAGAGGGAGUGUAAGAGAAAGAGAGUAUGAGUAUGAGGAGCGUGUGUGUGUAUGUACGUGUGUGUGUGUGUGUGUGUGUGUGUUUGUAUGUGUAAGUUUUGUUCCUAAUCACUGUGCUCAGAACCACAACGGGAGGGAUUUGAGUGCGACUUAAGGAUGUGAGGGGACGGGUGGGGGGGGGGGGGG